UAAUUUGUUGAUCAGUUGACGUGAAUUCCUGCGAGAAGUAACAUCAUGCAAAUCUUUUUACUUACCUUGCUGAUUUUCGGGCUAACUGAUGCCUCGGUGAUAAGUUUGCCAUUAUCGUCGUCAAUUGAUGCGGAAAACGGAACAAUUGGCACAACUGCUGUUGAACUUGACGGAGAGACAUGUAAAAAGGCUGAAUGUAAUUUUGGGAAUUUAGUCGCAGAUUCUGUUCGAUACGGGUAUUUAGAGGAUCAUUCGACGGGCGAAAAUGUACUCGUUUUGUUACAAGGGAAGAAUUUUAAGGGAGUUAUUGAACAAGGAACUGAAUUGACGGAGAAGGAUUUGGCGAAUGGAUUUUCUAAACAAUCGGAUUUGGUGAUCAUUAAAGAGCUGAAAGGAAAACUCAUUAGAGAUGUUUUGGAAAAAAGUGUUGAAAAAUACACCCAAAAAGAUGGUUCUCCCGACUUUUUACAAGUCUCUGGCGGCUUUUUCGAAUUCGAUCUUUCUGUUGAAACAGGAAAACGCUUAACCUCCGCCCAACUCAUGUCAUUCGAAACCGAAUCUUCCAUCGAAAUCACAGACAAAGGAACUUAUAGUGUCAUCACAACCGAAGAUUUCUUCAAAACCAACUUCCAAAGUGAAAAAUCUGACUCUCUUGAAACCACAGACAUCGCAUCUCUCGAAAAGUACAUCGCCAAACACAAAAUUGUCUAUCCCGCGAUCGAUGAACGAAUCAUCCUGCACAACAUCGAAGCCGCUCCGGAAGGAAACAAUGCGUUAACGUUGCAAAAAUCCACAUUUUUGAUCGGGAUCAUGAUCCUGCUGCAAAAAUGCAUCCUGUCAUCUGCCUAAGCUAAUAAUGUCGCACUCUGUUAUUACCGUACUUUGUUCGGCAAAUUUGCAUCUUCCGGGCACGUGACGAACUUCGUUAGUUUUUCACUAAAAUAAAAAUUAAAUAACUAUAACAAAAAAACGGCGACUCCUCCUACUCUUUUGAUGUAGAUUUCCAGCACAGUAGCGUUUUCAUAUAGGAUGUCACAUCCUUGUUCGUUACUCGAUACCUUCACCUCUAAAUGCACCGUGAAAUUGGGACAUCCUAUAAAAUGCAUAUAAACAUCAUCAUCACAUCCAUUAAACUACAAUUCGUGGGUAUAGCAGAUGGUAAAUCUAUUU